AUGAGUGCUGGCAGCAGUCGCGCCCUUCACCCGGAGGAGCUAUUCCUCGGCGACGGCCCUGGCCGACAAGAAUCGCCAGUUAUCGGCCCUCUGCGCAUCAACAAACGGGACUCGUCAUCGCCAGCAUCGGCCGCAGGCUCCAGUCCCCCACCAAACGGCCCGCUGCCCUACCCCGACGACCGUCAACAUCCCCAGAUACGCACUUCAAACCCCAACGACCGAUACAACGACAACAUCAGAUACGGGUCUCCGCCAGCUGGUCCUGGCUCCGGCUCUAUCAGUCCAAAUGAAUACCCACCUGUGCUCCGGCCGCGAGACGGGCGCGAACCCCGAGUCGCAACGUUAGCCGAGCGCAGAGGUGCUGCCCCUAAGCCGCUACCCGAAUCGCCCGGUCCGGACGCACCAGAUCGCGACGCAUUAGCUGCUAGACAAUAUCCUCGUCCGCCGACAGGUCCAGUCCCGGGCCCCCCAGAGGCUGCUCCCACAGAGACAAAUCAAUAUGAUUAUCGUCAGCAAUACUACCCGCCUCCCCAACGCCAAAGUUCGACCUCUGCGGCCCGGCCCCCGUCCAGUCUCCAGGCCCCACAGGGCCCGCUCAGCCGUAUCAGUUCCACUUCCACUACCCGCGCUCAGCGUGGCUCGCCCCCGCCGCCGGAAACUCCCAUCGUUGGACCCGGCCAGCAGCCUGGUUCUGAUAUUGAGGCUAGAUAUGCUGCGGCUGGUAUUGCUGGCACUGGAACCUUGCAGGGAAUCCAAUCGCAUAAUGUUGCGGCGCAGAGACGCGCCGAGCAAUACUCGGGCCAGCAUCCGACGGCUUUCCAGCAGCCUCCGCAGCAGCAGCAGCAGCAGCGGCCGUGGACGCCUACGGAGCAGCCUGGCUCUCAGCCUCAUGGUCCUCCUACGGUCUAUCAGGGUGGUGAGGUAGUCGGCUCCAAUAACCAACCUUCGGCUUCGCAUCCUGGGCAAUAUGGUAGCCCGCCACCUCAGGUGCACCCUGGUCAAUACAGCAGUCCGCCACCUCAGGUUCACCCUGGGCAGUAUGGUAGCCCGCCGCCCCAGGUUCAUCCUGGCCAAUAUGGUACCCCACCACUCCAGGCUCAUCCAAGCCAAUACAGUGGUUCUCCGUCCCAGGCCCACCCUGCCGCUGUACCGCAGCCCCAACAGCAGCAGCAGCACGAACAGCCUGGGAGAGUUGGUCCGAGCGCGUUGGAACAAGACAUGGAGCGGAUGCGUCUCAGCUCCUCUCCCCCGCCCGCCUACUCGAGUGUAUCCGGUCCAUCCCCUUCGAAUAGAUAUCCCACUGAGAAGCCAACCCCUGCUGGAGCUGCCGCAAUGGCGCACCCAGCCCUUGCGAAUCAACCCCCUCCUGCUGUCAACUCACCUUCCCCUGCACCGGCAGCCUCGGCACAGGACCAUCCUGCCUUCGCAAAUGACCCGAGGCAGCAGCAAAUGGGGCAAUCCCUACAGGCCUCUACUGCGAAUGCCAGUGACUUGUCCGGUUUCCACCAGCAGACCAUUCAGGUGACUUCUCCCGGGCCCUCUGGGGCAACUCCGGCAUCUCCACCUCCUCUCCCCGAAGGAUGGAUUGCACACAUGGACCCGAGCUCCGGACAGUACUAUUAUAUCCACCUACCUACGCAGUCGACUCAGUGGGAGUUCCCGAAAGGACCUACUCCACUAAACCUCAACGACACCCCCUUGUCUCCAGUGAACAGUGUGUACAGCGCCCAUCCACUGAGUUCUCCAGGACUCUCAGCCUUUGGAAAGCCACUUGCAUCCCCGGGUGUGCCUUUGACCCCUGGAUUCGAAAGCCUCCAGUCACCUAUAGUCUCUGGCUUCUCUGGACCUCCUCCGAGUAGUGGAAUGGAUCUAUACAAAACCACUCCAACCAAUGGUGUUUACUUUGGUCCUUACCUGCGCUAUACCAAUAUGGAUCUCGAGCGGGGCAUCUGGAUGGGAUCCAUCCUGCUCGUGACAGAUGCCGCCCAGCCACCCACCAUUCACAUGCACCAGAGUGUGGACUUGUCUCCCAACCCAAGGCAGUUGAAGGCAAUUGACAUUGCAGCCCAUCAGCGCUGGACAUUCUACAAGUACGAGAUUGACCUGCAGAUGGACGACGCGGGCCCUGCCAAAUGGACCUACGCCAUCACUUCACACCUUGGCUGCACUCGUUACGAGUUCCUCGUCGCUGGCCGACACGAGACCAACUGGCGGUUCAUCGCUACCUCUGGAAAUGACUUCUCGCUCAACGUCAAUGCUAACGAGCGGGCUCGUGUUGGCGGUGUCGGCUACAUGUGGAAGGAUAUAAUGCAAAAGCAUAAUGAAAUUGGAGGCUUCCACGCCCAAUUAUGUCUGGGUGGCCAGAUCUAUGCAGACCGCAUGUGGAAGGAGAUUCCAUCGCUCAAGCAGUGGUUGACGAUCAGCGGGAAGGAGGCUCGAAAGAACGCUCCUUGGACGGCAGCUAACCAGCAGGAUGUUUCCCACGCAUACUUCCAUUACUACACCAGCCACUUCGACCAACCCCACAUCAGGGAGUCCUUUGCACAGAUCCCUUAUGUCUGCCAGAUCGAUGAUCAUGACAUCUUCGAUGGGUUCGGUUCGUAUCCCGACCACAUGCAAUUCUCAAACAUGUUCAAGAACAUCGGCCGCAUCGGUAUCGAGAUGUACCUCCUCUUCCAGCACCACACAACCCUCGACAUCCUCCGCAACGUGAACAACGACACAGACCUCUUCACAAUCACCGGCACAGGCUGGCACUUCGUCAAAUACUUAGGUCCAGGCGUAGUCGUCGUCGGGCCCGACUGCCGCUCAGAACGGAACCCGCACCAGGUCAUGGCCGGUCCAACCUACCAAGGUCUCUUCCCGAAGAUUGCAAUGCUCCCACCCAGCGUCCAACACUGUCUCUGGAUGGUUGCCGUACCGCUCAUCUACCCCCGUCUGGAAACAGCCGAGCACAUCGUCCAAACCGUGGCAACGGGGAAGCGCGCCGUGACUGGCGCUUACAAUGUCCUAGGCAAGGUUACCAGUUCUGUAGCUGGAGUCGUAGGUGCCAAAGACUUUGUCGGCUCUGGCUUUGACUCUGUUAAGCGAGCUGUAGGCAAAUCUGGAUUAAUGGGUGGAAUCUUAAGUCCAUUCGGCGAGUUCAGCUCCAUGGAUGAGCUACGCGACCAAUGGACGCACGAGUCAAAGGACCUGGAAAGAACAUACCUAAUCCGCACCCUCCAAGGAAUCUCCCACCAAAAAUCCCUCCGCAUGACCUUCCUCUCCGGCGCCGUCAACCUCUGCGGCGCCGGUCUAGUCCACGACCCCUCAAACCCCACCGACCACAAAACAAUGUACCAACUAAUCUCCUCCUCCGUCGUCAACACCCCUCCCCCCUCGUACAUAGUCAAACUCCUGCACAGCCACAGCAAGCCCCUGUACGUGCCCGCCAACGGGCACAGAUCCUCCGCCCAGCCCAGCGACACCAAGGAGGAUAUGAUGGAGAUCUUCCAGACGGAUGUUAACGGGCAGGCGCGCGAGUAUCGCAAGCUUAUGGCGAGACGCAACUAUGUUGCUAUUGUGGCUUACGAUCCCGAGGCUAUUAGUGCUAUUAAUGCCUAUGGCCAGGUUACGCCCGGUGGGCAUAGUAAGUUGAGUUUGGCGGCGGAUUUUAUGGUGCAGGGCGAGGGGCAGCAGGGGAGUGUUGUUAAGUUUGGGCCGGUUAUUGUGCCUUGUUUGGAGCAUGGGAGGUAG